AUGGCCGACGAGACGGCUGCCACAGAGGAGGCUCCCAUCACCUUCACUGUCAAAUCAUCGACCGACGCCAAAUACAGCUUGACUCUUCCGCUCACUACUCUGGUGUCGGAUCUCAAGCAGAAGCUCUCGACUUCCGAAUACGCCGAUACCCCCGCAGAGCGUCAGCGCUUGAUCUACUCGGGUCGGGUUCUGAAAGAUAACGAGACACUAGAGUCCUACAAAAUUAAGGAUGGCCACACUAUUCACUUGGUGAAGAGUGCCCAGAGUAACCAACAGCGCCAGAAUGCAGCUGCUCAGCCUACUACUGCGGCCACGGGUACCCCAAGUCCGGCGGCGGCUGGUGUCCCAACCAACCUCGCUGCUGGUACUGGAAACAAUCCUCUUGCUGGUUUGACUGGUGCGCGCUAUGCCGGUUUUGCGCAGCUUCCUGGUGCAGGCCUCUUUGGUCCUGAUGGUGGGAUGGGACCUCCUCCCGAUAGCGAGUCGAUGCUGAACAUGCUCGAAAACCCUCAAUUCCAAUCGUCCAUCAAUGAAGCCCUGCAGAACCCCGCUAUGAUCGACAUGAUGAUCCAGCAGAACCCCAUGCUCCGCGACAUGGGACCUGGAGUGCGCCAAAUGUUCGAAAGCCCCGAGUUCCGCCGGAUGUUGACCGACCCCAAUUCGAUUCGCCAAAUGAUGCAAAUGCAACGGGCCAUGGGUGGUGGUGGAAUGGGCGGUGGUGAAAGCGCAUUCCCCGCCCCGGGAGUGACCAACACGACUGCCCCGGAAAACCAAGGCUCUCAACAAAAUGCCUCAGACAACCCAUUCGGACAGAUGCCUCAGAACCCUCCUGGGAACCCCUUUUCUGCCCUCUUUGGAGCUGGAGGUAACCCCUUUGGCGCUCCUUCCCCAGCUGCUACAGGCACCACUCAGCCAGAGGGUACACAAGGCACUACGGAUCGAUCCACUACCGAGGGACAGAACCAGCAGGCUCAAAACCCAUUCGCCUCUCUGCUUAACCCGGCUCUCUUCGGCAACGCUGGUGCUGGUCAGGGUGGCAUGAACCCUUUCAACCCCCAACAAAAUCCUUUCCUCCGCGAUCCUGCGCUUCUAUCUCAGAUGAUGCAGGGUAUGGGCGGACAAGGCGGAGAAGGUGCCGGUGCAAACCCUCUGGCCGCGAUGCUGGGUGGUGGUGGCUUUGGUGGCUUUGGUGCCCCUCAGCCUCCAGACAACCGACCUCCAGAGGAGCGGUACGCUGACCAGCUCCGUCAGUUGAACGAUAUGGGUUUCUUUGAGUUUGAACGGAAUAUUGAGGCACUACGCCGGUCCGGUGGCAGUGUGCAAGGUGCUGUGGAGUACCUUCUAAGCCAAUGA